AUGAGCCGAUGGGAUAUGGCCGAGAGGGAUGGUGGGAUAACCGAUACUGAAGACGAACACAAAAAGGACGAAGAUGAAAACCACGACUACCUCCAAGGAUUUCAACUGUUCGCUGUUGUCGCUUGCACGACGCUAGUAUUUUUCCUUCUUAUGCUGGACACAUCUAUUCUCACUACCGCUAUACCCCGGAUUACUUCCGAUUUCCACUCGCUGGCCGACGUGGGUUGGUAUGGUGCUGCGUUCCAGUUAGUGAGCGCUGUUUUACAACCUCUUACUGGCAAGUUUUAUGCGCGUCUCAACACCAAGUGGACUUUCUUGGUUUUCUUUACUAUAUUCGAAGCCGGUUCCCUUAUUUGCGGUUUGGCAAACUCGUCGCCGAUGCUUAUCGGCGGGCGUGCCAUUGCAGGUUUAGGUGCUGCGGGCCUACAAAAUGGUGGCUUGAUUUUAAUUGGGGGUGUUGUACCCUUAGAAAAGCGACCUAUUUAUACAGGUAUAAUGAUGGGUAUUGGUCAAAUGGGCAUCAUCUCCGGUCCAUUAAUCGGUGGUGCGCUGACGGAAUACACAACCUGGCGAUGGUGUUUCUACAUCAACCUGCCGCUAGGUGGUAUCGCCGGUCUUUUCAUGGCAUUCAGCCACAUUCCGGACCACAUUAAGAAGGAACGCGUCACAUUUGCGACAUUGCGUGAGAUGAUCCCGCAUCUAGAUCUCCCCGGUUUCGUAUUGUUUGCCGGAGCUGCCAUCAUGUUCUUGCUCGCUCUUGAGUGGGGUGGAAGCACCUACGCUUGGAACAGCGCCAACAUCAUCGGUCUGUUUUCCGGGGCUGGCGUGAUGGCAAUCCUCUUCGUCGCAUGGGAAUAUCAUGCAGGCGAAGAAGCGAUGAUUCCGGGUUCAAUCCUUAAGAAGCGCAUCGUCUGGACUAGCUGCCUCUACUACUUCAGUCUUACGACCACACUAUUCGUCUCCAGUCAAUACCUCCCUAUCUACUUCCAAGGUGUAAAGGGUGCCGGACCGACCAUGAGUGGUGUCGACUUGUUACCCGGUAUCCUUACGCAAGUACUCUUUGUCUUGGUGUCCGGCGCUGCAGUCACGAAGAUGGGUUACUACUUGCCCUGGGCUACCUUUGGAGCUGCUCUUACUUCGAUAGGCUGUGGUCUACUCUCCACCCUUGCGCCGACAACAUCGACUGGAAAGUGGGUUGGCUACCAGAUGCUUUCUGGUGCCGGCCGUGGAUCUGGCCUACAAAUGGGUAUGAUUGCUGUUCAAAACGCAGUACCCCCUUCGCUUCUCUCCGUUUCGAUGUCUAUAUUAGUUUUGGCGCAGAACUUCGCUGCUUCUAUUUUCCUCGCUGUCAGCAACGCGAUAUUUACCGUUACUCUUUCUUCAGAAAUUGUUAAGAAUGCACCCUCAGUCUCCCCAGCGGCGGCUCUGGAUGCUGGUGGAAGUGCCGCAGGUGUUCGAGCAUUGGUCCCGGGUGGGGGUCCCGAACUUGACGGUGUUCUUUUGUCUUUUUCCACCGGUGUGGAUAGAUGUUUCGACCUGCUAGCUGGGUUAGCCGCCGUGGCUGUUUUCAUUUCAUUGGGUCUAGGUUGGAAAGAUACCAGGAGCAAGAAACCUGUAGACAAGGGUCAAGCAUAA